AAAACACCAAUGAAAAUUGAGAAAGUUAAUCAUACUGCUGUUAUUUUUAGUGGAUGUUAAGGUUGUCAAUUUCAUUAUUCCUCAAACUUUAUCAAUGGAGUCUCCUGGUAUAAUCAGCUUCUACCCAAAAUUCUGUACUGAAGAACCCCCACUCCACCUACUCUCUUCUCUUUUUUACCACCAGACAGACCCUUAACUAUUGCGACCUGCCCCGGAGACCCAAGUGAAUAUGUCCUUGUUCUUAAUCAAUAUUAUAACCCAAACAGCAUCAUCACCUACCACUCUCAUCUCCCCACUCUUCCUCUCUGCUUCCUUUGACUUUUCACUUCCUUCUUCUUCACCUUCUAUUCUGCAUCCCGCAUAGGCUUCGUUGUAGAGUUUUCCACAUUGGAUUCCAGAAUCGAGUUGCUUCUCUUCCGUACGCGUUGGUUUUUAGUUUUUUGUUUUUUACUGGAUUUUUUUGUUUCUUCAUCUGGGUUCUUUUCAAUUUUUGUACUUUUUAUCUCUAUACGUUGCCAUUACAGAGUCUUUGUUGAUAGCCGGGUCUCGAUAAUGUAGGGUUCUCUGUUGUUUCAUUUUGGUAUUUGUUGCUCUCUACUUGGUGUUUAGGUGCUUCUUCUUCUUGUUAGUUCUUUUGGGUAGUAACAAUUUCUGACAUGAUUUUGUUACAAUAGUGGAAAUAAUGGUUUUGUUUUUCUCCAUUGUUGAUCUGCUAGGAUAUUAAUUAUGAUUAUUUGAUUCUCAGUCCUGUCUUUUGACCCGUCUGUGUUAAUUGCGAUACAUUUUGUACUUUCAAGACUUUCUUAGUGCAUUUUUUCCCAAUUAUUCUGUUCCGGUGUCAUAUAUUCUAUCUGUGUGUCUAGAUUUGGAGCGCUGGAAAUUUGUUUGAAGUCAUGCAGGCAAUGUGUUUGAUAUUGUUAGCUUUUGUAGUUAAUGUAUUAGGACAAUCUGAUUUUGAAGCUCUUUUGGUGCUCAAAAAUGGAAUUGAGGAGGACCCAUCUGGGAAAACUCUUAUUUCAUGGGAUUCUAAUUCUUUAUCAUCUGAUGGGUGUCCUAGAAACUGGUUUGGAGUCACUUGUAUCGAUGGUCGUGUGACUUCAAUUAAUCUAAAUGCUUUAGGUCUGGUUGGAAACUUUAGUUUCCCUGUCAUAGUUGGCCUUAGCAUGCUCCAAAAUUUGUCAGUUUCUGGCAAUUCUUUGACGGGGACUAUCUUGCAAAUUGGUUCCUUUCAGUCUCUUAGGUUUUUGGAUCUCUCUUGCAAUAUGUUUCAUGGGUCAAUGCCAUCUAACAUUGGGGAGUUAAAGAAUCUGGUUCUUUUAAAUCUCUCUUCAAACAAUUUUGAAGGCAAUGUUCCAUCUGGUUUCAGCAAUCUUGGGCAGUUGAAGUACUUAGAUUUGCAGGGUAAUGGUUUCUCUGGAGAUGUUAUGAAUCUUCUGUCCCAGUUGGCUAGUGUGGAGCAUGUCAACCUGGGAAACAACCAAUUCUCUGGUUCUCUUGAUUUGGGACUGGGAAAGUCAAAUUUCAUUUCCUCAAUAAAACAUUUGAAUGUAAGCCACAAUUCCAUUGUCGGAGAGCUCUUUGCUCAUGAUGGAAUGCCAUAUUUUGACAAUUUAGAGGUGUUUGAUGCUAGCAACAACAAAUUGGUGGGCACUAUUCCAUCCUUCAGUUUAGUGGUAUCUCUUCGCAUUCUUCGGCUCGGAGGCAAUCAGUUAUCAGGAUCUUUACCGACACUCUUACUAGAAGAAAGCUCAAUGAUGCUGUCCGAACUGGAUCUUAGCUUUAAUCAGCUUAGAGUUGAUCUGUCAGACAAUUACUUGAGUGGGCAUUUGCCUGAGGAAAUCAGUACGUUUCGUAACUUAGAGUAUCUUAGCCUAUCCAACAACAAAUUUGAAGGAAGCCUCCCAAGUGGUCUUCCAGAUGAACUUAAAGGAUUCAAUGUAUCUUUCAAUAAUCUUUCUGGUGUUGUACCUGAAAAUUUGAGGCGCUUUCCUGAUGCAGCCUUCCAUCCUGGGAACUCCUUGUUGGUUUUUCCUCAUUCUCCAUCAAUAACUAAAGGUGAACCAGAUUUGACUUUGAGGGAGCAUCGUCACACAAAACCUGCUAUUAGGGUUGCACUAAUUGCAAGUUUACUCGGUGGUGCUGCUCUAAUAGCCCUAUUUUCCAUAAUAAUUUAUGUCAGGGUUCACCAGGGACAUAAGAGAGACAGUGUAGAAGGAAAUGGAGGAAAGAAAAGUGUCCAACAUGGAGAUUCUUCUCAUUCUCAUUCCUCAGCACCUAACAGGAAUCUUGACCCAUCAUUAUCUUCAAGUUUCAACCAAGGUCUGUUGGCAUCAGCCCAACUGGGUCCUGCAUAUGAAUCUGGGGAUACAUCUUUAGUUGAAAUGAAGCCUAAGACUCUUUCCUAUCCAGAAUCAGUUAGAAAAGAUGAAGUAUUAUCUCCCCGCGUGUCUUUCUUGAGAUCUGGAAAUCCAUCACCUUGUAGAAGUCCGCUUUCAUCUGAUAAUGCACCAGGACUCUAUGUUUGUUCUCCAGAUAAAUUGUUGGGAGAUUUGCAUAUCUUUGAUGGCUCCAUCUUCUUUACUGCAGAAGAACUUUCCCAUGCUCCAGCUGAAACUGUUGGCAGGAGUUGUCAUGGAACCUUAUACCGAGCUGCACUUGACUCUGGUCAUGUAUUGGCUGUCAAAUGGUUAAGAGAGGGGAUAGCAAAAGGUAGGAAGGAAUUUUCAAGGGAAGUGAAGAAACUUGGUAGCAUCAAACAUCCAAAUUUAGUUUCCCUGCUGGGUUACUACUGGGGGCCAAAGGAGCACGAGAAGCUGAUAAUAUCAAAUUAUAUUGAUGCACAAUGUUUAGCUCUCUAUCUUCAAGAGACAGAGCCCAGAAAACUCCCACCUUUAUCUCUGAAUGAACGUCUGCGAGUUGCAGUUGAUGUUGCCCGAUGUCUGAACUACCUACAUAAUGAGAAAAUAAUUCCGCAUGGCAAUCUCAAAUCAACAAACAUUUUAUUAGAAGCACCUAAUUUGAAUGCCCGGCUCACUGAUUACAGUCUCCAUCGGAUUUUGACUCCAGCAGGCACAGCUGAGCAAGUCCUGAAUGCAGGUGCUCUAGGCUAUCGCCCCCCUGAAUUUGCUAGCUCAAGCAAACCUUGUCCAUCAUUAAAGAGUGAUGUAUAUGCAUUCGGAGUAAUCUUAUUGGAGCUUCUUACCGGAAAAAGUCCUGGGGAGAUAUUAUCCGGAGAUCCAGGGAUAGUUGAUUUGACAGAUUGGGUUAGGUUAUUAGCCGGAGAGUCUCGUUCUAUCGAGUGCUUCGAUAGAAUGCUUGUGGAUAGGCAUAGCGAGCAUCACCCACCUAGAAUUCUCAACGAAAUGUUGCAGGUAGCUCUAAGAUGUAUCCUAUCGGCAUCCGAGAGGCCUGACAUGAAAUCAGUGUUUGAAGAUCUAUCACAGAUAGCACUGUAGAAGAUCUCUGAAGGUAAACUAAAAUUCUUCUAACUUUCCUUCUGGCACUAACCCAUUUAUUGGUUCUUUCUUUGUUGUUAUUUCGGAAUUCGACCUCUAAAAUUUCUAUUGAACUGCAAUUGUUGAUUGAUCUUGUCAAUAAAUGAUUUUGGUAGAUGUUGUAGUUAAUAGGGGGAAUAAAGAUAUUUGUAAAUGGUUGAGGGUUAAUCAUCCUCUUUUAACCCUUAAUCCAGAAUGUAAUUUUUUUUAACAGUCUUGAUUAGUGAAGACUCGAGUGUAUGAUGCUUCUUUUGAUUGAAUUUUAAGAGAGAAAUGAAUCAUCUCUCUGAUGAUGAUACAAUUAUCAGAAGCUCUGUUCAAAUGGGGGAA